GUUUUGUUCAAACCUGUAACACCAAAUUCCGGCUUUGGGUUAUGUUGCUGUCAACACGCUACUAUUUGUCUGCACAAGGCACUCGUGCACAAGUAUUGGCGCAAACAUGCCUUUUUGCAUUGCAGUGGUACUUGUAACAGCACAGCUACGAUGAAACACAAUAUUAUGCAAAUCUUUUAUGAAGAUGAUGCUCUUACCAUUAUUUUAUUGUAUUACAUAUUUUAGUUCGAGCUGCGUUGAGCAGUUGAGCACAGUGUAAACCUGUGGUGUUAGCUGUUGUGAUUUGUGGAGGAACUUCAAAGAAAAUGCCGCACCUCAGUUUACAAACUAACGUUCCUAAAAGCAAGGUAUCACAAGACUUCUUGAAAGAAACUACUAAAGUUAUUGCCAACACACUUUCAAAACCGGACAGCUAUUGCGUCGUGUCAGUGGAAGCUGAUUUGCCGAUGGCCUGGGGAGGUUCAACUGACCCUUGUGGAGUUGCCACAUUAAUGAGCAUCGGUCAGCUCGGAACAGAAGCAAAUAAAAAGCAUUCAGCUGCAAUAUCCAGCCAUUUAGAAAAACAUCUUGGUAUCCCAAAAAACAGGUUGUACAUAAAUUUCAUAGAUGCAAAACCUGCUGACGUUGGUCAUGAUGGAACUACAUUCCAUGCCAUAUUUGGUGGCAAGUGAUGUGAUGUUAUGAAGUUACAGAGUUGGGGUACACACAUGUGCAUAUAUAUUACCUGAGGAGUAGAUUGGUAACAGAAAUGUAUGUUCAGUUAUGUACAAUUGAGCUAGUUUGAUGGAAACUACGUUGGAAACUAUAUUGUGAUAAUUUUUGUGUAUGAUAUAUGUUAUGAUUGAUUAUAACUAAGUACUAAUAUGUGCUUAUUACUUGGGGAUUAAUAAACAAAACUGUUAAACUU